AAAGCACGAACACGGAGUCUGCGCUGAGGAGGAGGAGGAGCCUGUGGGCUGUGUCACUAAACGUUGGACCCCUCCUCCUCCUGUGUGGUUCCUCGCGCUCAUGGCCUCCGCUCCGCGCGCUCCUCUCUACCUGGGCCUUGACUUGAGCACGCAGCAGCUGAAGGCGGUGGUCAUCGAUGGAGAGCUGCGUGUGGUUCAUCAGAGCGGCGUGCAGUUUGACGCCGAGCUGCCCGAAUUCAGGACUCAGGGAGGAGUUCAUAUCCACACUGACAGACUCACUGUCACCUCACCUGUGCUCAUGUGGGUCAAGGCUCUGGACCUGCUAUUGGACAAGAUGAAGAGGGCGGGGCUUGACUUCUCCCGUGUCAGAGCACUGUCAGGCAGCGGUCAGCAACAUGGCAGCGUGUUCUGGAGGAGAGGAGCGUCUGAGACUCUGAAACAUCUGGACCCGGACCAGGACCUGCACCAGCUGCUGCAGGACAGCUUCUCGGUGUCGGACAGUCCGGUGUGGAUGGACUCGAGCAGCACUCAGCAGUGUGAGGACCUGCAGGCAGCAGCAGGAGGCGCUCUGAGGCUGGCGGAGAUCACCGGAUCCAGAGCCUGCGAGCGUUUCACAGGAAACCAGAUCGCCAAGCUGCGUCAGACCCGAGCGGAGGAGUUCCAGGACACCGAGAGGAUCUCAUUGGUCAGCAGCUUUGCCGCCUCUCUCUUCCUCGGUGGUUACGCUGCCAUCGACUACAGCGACGGCUCAGGGAUGAAUCUGCUGGACAUCAGGACCAGAAACUGGUCUGAGAUCUGCCUGCAGGCCACCGCUCCUCACCUGGACCAGCUGCUGGGAGCUCCACUGCCCUCCACAUCUGUGCUGGGCCCCGUCUCCUCCUACUUUGUGCAUCGGUACGGUUUCUCUGAGAGCUGCAGUGUGGUGGCGUUCACUGGAGACAACCCAGCGUCGCUGGCAGGAAUGAGGCUGCAGCCCGGAGACGUCGCCGUGAGUCUGGGGACCAGUGACACGGUGUUCCUGUGGCUGCAGCAGCCUCGUCCGGCUCUGGAGGGUCACGUCUUCUGUAACCCAGUGGAACAGCAGGAGUACAUGGCUCUGCUGUGCUUCAAGAACGGGUCUCUGACGAGGGAGCGCGUCAGGAACGAGUGUGCUGGAGCAUCAUGGGAACUUUUCUCAGCAGCUUUGAGGGACACGCCGCUCAGAAACCAUGGAAACAUCGGCUUUUAUUUUGAAACUAUGGAGAUCACGCCUCCUGUGAUUGGUGUUCAUCGCUUUGACUCUGCUGACUGUGAGGUGUCCUCGCUGAGUCCUCAGGUGGAGGUUCGGGCUGUGGUGGAGGGUCAGUUCCUGUCCAGGCGGCUUCAUGCUGAGAGACUGGGAUACUCCAUCAUUCCAGGAACCAGAGUUCUGGCGACGGGAGGAGCGUCAUCGAAUAAAGAGAUCCUGCAGGUGCUGUCUGACGUGUUCAACGCUCCGGUCUACACCAUCGACCUGUCCGACUCCACUUGUUUGGGUUCAGCCUACAGAGCUCUACACGGCCUGGUGGCAGAAUCCGGAGCGUCCUUCGUUGAUGUGGUGAAGAAAGCACCAGAACCAAGACUGGUCGCCACCCCGCAUCUGAAGGCGAAGGAGGUGUACGACGAGCUGCUGAAGCGCUACGCGCAAUUGGAGGAGAGAGUUGUGCAGAAGAGCCACAGCUGAGCCUCAAACCGCCAUCAGUGAAAUCCCGCAACCGCCAUUUUCUACUGAAGCCAGCUUUGAGUUUGACUUUUACACCUGUUUACCUGAAAGAAGAUCAGAGUCAUCACAGGAACCCUCAGCCACCUGAAGAUGGGCUGCUCGCUUCGACUUCAGCCUGAUUGGAUCAACGACAUCAUCAUCAUGUCAAAGCCUGAUUGGAGGAUUUUAUAUGGGCGAGCAGAUUUGCUCAGUCCACCAGCAGUGAAAGAGAAAAGAAGCUAAAAUGAUGAAACAGCCUGCGAGCCGUGACUGUGUCGCAUUUAAAGCUCCAAAAAUCUGAGAUGAGAGCGAUCGGCUGAAGAACGUCCACGUUAGUGCCAGCUGGGUCCUGCAGAGCAAAGUUUAACAUCCCAAAGUUUUUCAGUCUUCUUUUCACUCGUGACAGGCCUGACAUGUCUGUGACGUUUCUGACUGAAGCCCCUCCCACUGCUUCAUCACCUGGAUCCAGGUAGCAUUAGUUAUUCAUGUGUAAUUUUUAGUGAAAUAAAGUGAACAAGCUCAUGAACGUGUUUGGUUUC